GUCAAAGCUUUCGCGUCGGCCGCAAAAGUAACUAACGGGAACAAGCGAAAGAAUCUUACAGAGUGAAACCAGAAGAGACGACAGAGAGCACAGAAAAAAGAAGAGACAAAAAGUGAUUGUUUUUGUGUGUUAUCAGUGGAUGCAAGUGGACGACGCUUUGCCUCCUGAUUGAGUACUGGAGAUUGGACCGAACGCGGAGGAGGAGCUUCUCAGCAGCACAGGUGGCUGUUAAAUAUGGCCGGUUAAAUAGACUCCGACCUGACGCAUAAAUAAAGAAGUAAAUUUAACUGUAACUGUAAACGACAGACACUCACUCGUGCUUUCUGCGGGUGUGUGUGCUUAAGUGCUUUAACGGUUAAAACAGUUUUGUGUGUGUGUGUGUGUGUGUCUGUGACAGUCACUCAAUUAAAAACCGCAAAGAAAACGCAAACAGAAAAACGUCCUGUCCUGUCCUGUCCCUUUGCAGAUUCCCACAAGGGCUGUUGAAUUUUUUAAGCCAAUUAAAUUUUUUUUAAAUCAAAUAUAAAACCAAAGUGAAAUGAAACGGAAAAUGGCCGCCUAAUGGACUCUGUCAGUCUUUCAACCUGAGCGCAACAGCACCAGCAGCUGUGGCAAUUAAAAAUCUCACUCCUCAGUCCAGCUGGAAAACGUUGAAAGUACCGCCAUAACAGCAACGGGGCUUAAUUAGCGACAAACGCUAAAAACAAACAAAACAAACAAAAUCAGAAAGGGAGAAACAGAAGAGAAACGGCAAAGGGAAAGGGAAAGGGCCAAUCAAAGCGCAACAAGAGCUUUUGAACGACUAAAAUGUUUCCUAAAUGGUUUGGCAGCUAUGCCAAAAUUGUUAACAAAAUCAAAUAAAUGCGACAAGAACAAAAGGAGGAGAGCGAGCGAGCGCGAAAAAGAGCAGGAAGUACCGGAAAAACCGAGCAGUGGGUGGAGCAGGCGGCGACGACAGGUGGCUGGUAGUCGCGCCCCCAGACCCUCCUCCAACCAUUAACGAAAGAGAGAGAGAGAGAGCCUUACGCCGCCGUCUCAUUGAAUUAAUUUCGUGGAAGGGGGGAGCCAAGCAACAUUCCCUCCAGCGAUUGCCCAAAAACCGAAACUCCCGCACUUGGUGGGGAUAGGGCUACCAUCCAAAUCAACGGCUGUCAGACAGAAAGUCGCUUUUUAUUGAUUUUUAUAAAGCCAGAGCCAAGCAACAAAAACAGCAGUAGCACCGGCACCAGCAGCAGCAACAGCAAUAGCACCAGCAACAGAGAAUAAUAACACAAGCAGCAGAAACAACAAAAUAAAGAUUCAAACGCAAUGUGAAUAAUUCCCUAGUUGGACAGGAACGAGCAAGCACGAAACAGAAGCAGCUAACGGCUAACGAAUCGUUGGAAUAUUCGCUCACUCACUCGCACCCCAACUCUUACCCAACUGCUCCUAUUGCUCACCUACUCACCUCCUAGCUGCUGCUACCUCUCCUACUCUGUCACACUAUCGAAACGUUCAUCAAAUGCGAUUCGAUGACGCUUCAGCAGAGACAGAACACACAGACAAUGAGCGAGAGAGACAGGGACCCACCCACAGAGCUCCAUAAAAAUGUGUUAUAAAAAUAUACACGCAUAACUUUCCCCUCGCUCUCUCUUUGUCUAGCUAAAAGGGACAUAAAUAUCAGAGCGAGCAAGGUAGUAGAGGAAACAAUAACCCAAUGCAAAUGUCAUUGGCAAAGUCAAUUAGAAGAGUAACUGGCAACAAACUGAGGAUAACUUGAAUCGAAAUGCUGCUGCAGUUGCACAAUUCCAACUAAAUAAGUGUAGCAGAGUGUAGUGUGUGUGUGCGUGACAAAGCAAGACUGAUUUUAAUGUUUAGUUAGAUUAUUUUUAAAAUAAAUCAACUAUUCUGCAAACCAAAAGCAAGAGCGAGAGAGAGAGAGAGCCGCAUCAGCAACAGCAGCGAAUAAUCCAAGCGGAAACCUUAGCAAAGAGGGAAAACAGGAAGAGCUAGAAGAAUCCCAUACAAAUCAGAAGCAACAGCAAAAAACAACGACAGACAACCCACAAACAGAAUCAUACGCAACAAUGCUCGUGUUCAUAGCCAUACUGUUUGUUAAUGCCUGCCUGGCGGGCACCAUUCCCGCGACGCCGGAGAACAUAACCGUAACCUUUCUGACACCCACUGCGGUGCGGGUGUCAUGGCAAACGCAAAUCGACCUGAAGGCACAUCCCAUCGAGAAGUACGUCGUGACGUACAAGCCGACAGACGACAGGGUUGUACAGGACGUUGCCGGUAGCAGCGAGGCCAUUGUCCUGGAUCGUCUACUGCCCAGCACACAGUACUCGCUGGUCGUGACGGCCAUCUGGCAGGGCAAAAAGUAUCGCAGCCGUGGCCAAAUUAAGUUCAGGACCCUAGAUCUGCCCAGGAAUACCUCUGAGCAGGACUUUCCGCCUGGCAUCUUUGGGAACGGCAACGGGAAUGCCAGUGUACGGAACGCAACCGGAAAUGGAAGCAGCUUUGGCGAUGAUGUGACCUCCACGGCCACCAAUACACUGACCCAUAGCACAACCCGAGAGUUGCCCACUAUACGCGGUGUGGAAAUCGGCAUUGUGCUGAUCGUGCUCAUGGUGUGGGCCGGCGCCAUAGCUCUGUUCUUCAAUCGUUGGGGCAAGAUCCGAAUGCUGCUCCCCUACCAGCCGGACUACAAGCACGAGCAGCUCAAGGUGCCGGGCACGGGAGUGUGCAGCGCCAGCGGCUGCAAUGGCCAGCACUCGCAUCAGUUCGACAGCAGUGACUGUGCCAACGCCAAUCCACCGUUGCACUGCAAUAGCCGCGUAAGAACCUUGAGCAGAACCAUCGGAACGACCCCCAGAUCGAGGCCUCUACUGACACUCUUUCCAUUGCAGCACAUCCACAUGCUGGCCGAGGAGCACUCCACAUCCAUAUCGGAGCGCUGUACCCGGAGUCGCAUCAAUUCGGCCAUAUUCGUCUCGUCGGAGGGUCGCGGAUUCGACUCGAUUGAGUUCCUGCGCCGCCACGGCUCCCAGAGUGUCCUUUGCCGAAAGGCCAAGAGUGCGGAGAAUAUCACGGACAAUGGCAGAAAGAAGAGCCUCCGGCAGUGGCGAACCGAUGACGAAACCGUCAAGCGCCAGAAUCUUUCCCAGGAAAGCAACGACAUAGAGAUGAAGGAGUGCGGACACGGGGGAGAAUUCCUCCGCCUGCCAGUGAUCCACGACGCAAAGCCAUCGGCCACAGCUGUGACUAGCCUGCUGGCUCGCUCGGCUGCCAUCACCACGGCCAACAUGAUUGUGGGCAGCAUUUCGCUAGAGGCGCCGCCGCCGUACAUGCAGGACGACGACGCCGAUGUACAGUCGACCGCUGCUCUGAUUCACAGCGAUGGCGCUGCCAUUGUGCACGAAUCGCAGGACUCGGCGGAGACGGUGGAGGAGCUGGUACAUGUCCCGCUGCUGGCCAGUGCCAACGCCACUGCCACCGUUUCCGCCUCAUCCUCGCCCAGCUUUGCCAUCGAGGCGAAGCCACGAGUUCUGGUCCAUCAGCGCUCGUCGACAGCCUCCUCAUCGCCGCAUAGCAGUCCCAAGAACCUGGCACUGGGGCUGAAGAUAAUCAAGCCCAAGAUCAGUGCUGUGCCAAUGGUUUCCGUCUCGGGGCCUUCGCCGCCCAUUGAGAAGCCGCCGCUGGCGGAGUGUUUGUAACAAAUGGCAGCCGAAACAUUUAUCUAAGCGCACGCUCAAGGCAUCUGGACAUCAGACUCAGUCCCAGCACCAGCCAACACACACCACACACAGACCCAGAUCCAGACCCAUCCUAAACCCUUAAAAUCGACUAAUGUGAGAAAUGAGACGAAAAAGGUGGACUUAGAAUGCCAGCAGCUCAAAUAAGUGUUUCGGUGAGAGAUGUGAGAGAAUUUGAACGAAGAAGGAGUGGAAGAGAAGUAGAUAUAGGAGAAUACUGUACCAAAGGUCAUCACCCAUCACCAGGGAAGAAAGCUUUGUAUAUUCAACAACGACUGAAGUAUACACAUACCUACAUUAAUUGAAAACUGAACAAAUGAAAAACAAAAACAAAAACAAACAUGGAACCUAUAGAACUUUAUAUGCCGUUAUAUAUGUACAUAUGUAUGUAUGUUUGUGUACUAUAUACAUAUAAUGUAACUGAUAAAUCAGCUUUAACAACAAACGAGUAAACUAUCAGGCUUUAAUAUUAUGAUUAUGAUGAUGAAUUUCUGGUUUAACCUAGUCCGUAGACGCACAUAGCUGUUGUAUGUAUGAAAUAAGUGAACCAACAAAACAACCAACUCUCUUUUAUUGUUCUCCUAUACAUAUAGCCAAAAAAAACAAAGCACUUUUGGGGCACCACAACUGUUAUACACGCGACCUAUACACAAACACGGAUAUAUACAUCUAUAUUUAUAUACCACGUUAACCCACAUACUCGUGUGUAUUUUUAUGAACAAAAUCUUAGACUAAUUUCCUUAGACUAGAACACCCGCUAAAUGCCUGGCUCGUAGCUUUAAGACGAUCUAACGAACGAACGAACGAACACACAUAGUCCAAAUGUUACUUGCUAACAUAUCAAACAGACAAACACACAAACACACAUAUAUGCAUACUCUACUCUACCCACGACCAAAGCGAAACGUUUGAAACUGUAAACUAGUCUAUAAAUACAUAGUUAUAUGCAUAUCAUAAGGAUAUAGUUAAAUGUAGAGUUUGAAACGUGUUUUUAAAAAUCGAGUUCCAAUGUGUAUUUAUUCAGUGUAGUCAAGUCAUUUCUGUAGUUCGAUUUAUACACGAUUGAGCGGAGAUAAUGCAUGGAUUUAUAUACAUAAACCUAGGGAGUUAGGAACAUUAUUUUAAGAAGCUCCAACCCGCACCAUACCAUACGUUUGCUCCUACUCCUCCUUUCCUCCUCAAACACCGUUUUAGGUAGUCUCUAUACAUUUUAGUUAUGAUACUAAAAUUUAUACUAUAUAUCUAUCCACGUACUAUCCACCUACCUACUAUUUACAUACACACACAAUUGCGACCUAUGGCUCCUAAUAUUGAAUUUGUUUGAAUAAAUCUACAACAUGAAAUGUAAAUAUAUCCAGCACUCGUACCUACCUACCAUGCAUAUUUAAGCUGAAAUACUAUUCAGUGGAACACACAAAAUGUUGUUAUUAAGGAAUUGUCAAUUUAUGGUCCAAAGCUACAAUAAAGAGAACGAACACCACACCACUUGGAUGGGUCAAACAAAUAGCUUAACUAAGUUCUAGUUUAUGUUUGAUUCGCUAUUAAGCAAAAGUAAAAUCAUGUGAAUGUGUAUUUUUGAAAUCAAAUAAACGA